AUGCCCUGCGUCCAGGCUCAGUACGGGUCCUCGCCGCAAGGAGCCAGCCCGGCCACGCAGAGCUACGCCUACCACCACUCGGCGGCUGCCGGGGAGUACAGCUCGGACUUCUUAACGCCCGAGUUUGUCAAGUUUAGCAUGGACCUGACCAACACUGAAAUCACUGCCACCUCUUCUUUCCCCAGCUUCAGUACCUUUAUGGACAGCUACGGCGCCGCCGCCGCCGCCGCCGCCGGCUACGACGUCAAGCCGCCCUGCCUGUACCAAAUGCCCUCGCAGCCGCCCCCGCCGCCCCCGCCGCCGCCACCCGCGCCCUCCAUCAAGGUCGAGGAGCUGCCCCUGCACGGGGGCGGCGGAGGAGGGGGAGGCGGCCACAAGGGCGGCCCGCCGGCGGUGCCGCGCCUCUCGCUCUUCUCCUUCAAGCAGUCGCCGCCCGGCACGCCGGUGGGCAGCUGCCAGAUGCGCUUCGACGGGCCCCUGCACGGCCUGCCGCUCAACGGCGAGCCCGCGGCCCACGGCGCCCACCACCACCACCACCACCACCCGCACGACGGCCAGCCCUUCGCCGUGCCCAACCCCAUCCGCAAGCAGGCCGCCGCCGCCGCAGCAGCCGCCGCAGCAGCCGCCGCCGUCGGCUUCCCGGGUCUGCAGAUCGGGCACGCCUCGCAGCUCCUGGACGCUCAGGUGCCCUCGCCGCCCUCGCGGGGCUCGCCCUCCAACGAGGGCCUGUGCGCCGUCUGCGGGGACAACGCCGCCUGCCAGCACUAUGGCGUCCGCACCUGCGAGGGCUGCAAAGGCUUCUUCAAGCGCACCGUCCAGAAGAACGCCAAGUACGUCUGCCUGGCGAAUAAGAACUGUCCCGUGGAUAAGCGCCGCCGGAACCGGUGUCAGUACUGCCGCUUUCAGAAGUGCCUGGCAGUCGGCAUGGUCAAAGAAGUGGUCCGCACCGACAGCCUCAAAGGCCGAAGGGGUCGCUUGCCGUCGAAGCCGAAGAGCCCCCAGGAGCCCUCUCCCCCUUCGCCCCCGGUGAGUCUGAUCAGUGCCCUGGUGAGAGCUCAUGUCGACUCCAACCCGGCUAUGACCAGCCUGGACUACUCCAGGUUCCAGGCCACCCCGGACUACCCGAUGACCGGCGACGACACGCAGCACAUCCAGCAGUUCUACGACCUCUUGACCGGCUCCAUGGAGAUCAUCCGGGGCUGGGCGGAGAAGAUCCCCGGCUUCGCCGACCUCCCCAAGCCGGACCAGGACCUGCUCUUCGAGUCGGCUUUCCUGGAGCUCUUCGUCCUGCGGCUGGCCUACAGGUCCAACCCGGUGGAAGGCAAGCUCAUCUUCUGCAACGGCGUGGUCCUCCACCGGCUGCAGUGCGUCCGCGGCUUCGGCGAGUGGAUCGACUCCAUCGUGGAGUUCUCGUCCAACCUGCAGAACAUGAACAUCGACAUCUCCGCCUUCUCCUGCAUCGCUGCCCUGGCUAUGGUGACAGAGCGGCACGGCCUGAAGGAGCCCAAGCGGGUGGAGGAGCUGCAGAACAAGAUCGUCAAUUGCCUCAAGGACCACGUGACGUUCAACAACGGCGGCCUGAACCGGCCCAAUUACUUGUCGAAGCUGCUGGGCAAGCUGCCCGAACUGCGCACGCUCUGCACGCAGGGCCUGCAGCGCAUUUUCUACCUGAAACUGGAAGACUUGGUGCCGCCGCCGGCAAUAAUCGACAAGCUCUUCCUGGACACUUUGCCUUUCUAA